GUGGCCGUUUAAAGUGUGUUUUAAGUUGGUUGCGUUGUAAAAUUCAGUCGGAAAAUUUUGCAAACAUACUCUAUUGUUGUCAGGAUUAACAAUAUUUUUGAAUGGAAGUUCCUGUAUUAGAAGAAACGGUGAUCUCAGAAGGGAGUUAACUAGAAAAUAAAAUUUAAAUACCAUUAUGGAUGACUCGAUAAGAGAACCGGAGGAUCACUUCAUAAGAUUCGGGCCAGAAGUAGUAGAAGAGAUAAGAAGAGAACAUAACCUUGAUAAGAAAGAAGAUAGAGAGGAAGCAAUCGCUAUUAUAGAGAAAUGGUUGAAGACACAAGAGCAUUUAGUGAAGAAAGAUUUUAGUAAAGACUACAUAGAACGUUGUAUAGUAACAAGCAAUGGUUCCAUAGAAAGGGCAAAGAAACAGAUUGACAAGUUGGCAACAUUUAAGACAUUAAUCCCCAAGUACUUCCAAGUUGUCAACAUACUCGAUAGUGAUGUUACUCCUAUUUUAGAUACAGGAUAUUUGACGCUCCUACCAAAUCUAACCAAGGAGUACCACAGGGUCUCCGUACUCAAACUCAAAUCAACGAUAGAUGUCAAGUCUUCAGAUUUUGUUCAACUCUUCAAAGUUAUUAUAGUUGUAAGUAUAAAUGCGAAUCAUUUUUUUGCGGAGCUACGAACUGCCUAUUUUUACGCAAUUCUGGUCACCGUUUAUAGAUAUUUUUUACAAUUCCUACAACAGAUACUACAAAUUCCCGAGAUUUUUUUCUACAGUUUAAUAAUUUUCUUUUCUCUUUUCCAGGAAGGAUACGGCUCAAAAAUAAAAGGGAUUAUAUUCCUAACCAGUUCUAAAUUCAUUGAUGGUUUUAUAAAGCUCAUAAAGCCUUUCUUCUCCGACAAGAUUGCUAGCAGGCUGCACGUGGCUCCAACUCUGGAAGCCUUGAGAGAACUACUGUCCGAAGAUGUUCUUCCAGAAGAAUACGGGGGGAAGGCGCCUUCGUUAGCAGUUUUGCAUGAAAAACUCGUCAAGCAAUUAAGUUCAGAAAAACACCAAGCAGUCAUGAAGGAGAUGAACAGGGCUCGCACUGACGAGACGAAGCGACAACGAGACAAAUUCAACGAUCAGUACAUGGGGAUGGCUGGGACGUUUAGAACUUUAAGUUUGGAUUAAAUGGAGGAUUACAGGG